AACAAAAUGAUGGCCCACCCUUUAUAAAAAAUCAUAAAAUCAAUAUUUGAAAAUAGGUGACACUCUGAGCGGCGUCUGCUACGUAGGUAUCUGGAACAUAGAUGCCAUGCGUUCCUUUGUUCUGAUCCCCCUGAUCGUCUACUUGGUAUUCGGAACCAUCUUCCUUUCCUCAGGGUUCGUCUCUCUCUUCCGCAUCCGCACGGUGAUGAAGCACGACGGUACCAAAACGGACAAGCUGGAGAAGCUAAUGAUCAGGAUUGGAGUGUUCUCGGUGCUGUAUACACUUCCAGCGCUGAUUGUCAUUUCCUGUCUCAUCUACGAACACACGCAUUUCGAUGGGUGGAUGGCGACGUGGCACAAGGACAUGUGCGAGAAGCACAAAUAUGCCAUCCCGUGCCCACGCGACAACAGGCCGCAAAAUUACCCGCUGUUCGAGGUGUUCAUGAUCAAAUACCUCAUGACCAUGAUCGUGGGCAUCACCUCCAGCGUAUGGAUUUGGUCAGGGAAGACAGUGCACAGUUGGAGGGUGUUUUUCAAUCGAUUGCAAGGACGGCAUGUUGAAGCGUAUGUUUGAAAUAGGGUGCGGAUGAUAAAGUUGUUGAGUAUAGAAUUAAAGGGUGUCCCAGAACUUCGGUAUUUAAAUUUGGUGCUAUUCUUCAACGGCUUGACUUGAGGUCGCCUGACAUGAUAGGAAAUUUCUUACAAAAUAAGGGAUAGUAUCUGGUAGCAUUCAGUGCAAAUUUUUGUAUGAACAAAGAACCUUGCACAAAACAUACGGAAAAUGGGCCGAUUUGCUUAAAAAUUCAGCAUGGUAUAUUUAUCGCCUUCCUGAACAAAAGUCCUCAUGGGGCGAAAGCAAUCCUAUUAUUGGUUUCUGAGAAAUAGGAGGAUGAAGUUUGUUCGAUUUGUAGAAAUGGUUAAUUUGCUGAUUGUAGAUUUCAGACCAAAUAUUCAUAUAAUUGUUAUGCGGAAAGUAAUAUUCCAUGAAAAAUCUUAAAAUUUGUUGGGAGCUGCCUUUAUGAUGACAGAGUUCAUUUAUUUUAGCUGGCGAUGUAUCCUAUUAAACGAGUCUUCGACUACAAAUACUGCAUUUGCAUUGCUCAUCAAUCCAACGCGCCAUUAAUAAUACUGCGAUACAUCAAAGACAAGAUGUUGUUGGUUGUAUUGACCUUGUAAAGGUCAUAAUCACAGACAAGUUAACAACCAUUAUUUUGCCGCGCCCUUUAACAUAUAAAAACGGACUUUCCAUUGAAUUGACCUUGUAAGGAGCUUGAUCCAGAUCUCCUCCAAUACCUUUAUACAAGGUGUUGUAAUGAAAUAUUUUCUUCGGCGUUACACUUCUCCCAGUAUUUGCUUUGGUCCCAUCAGAACUUUCGUUCAGGAUGGCGAGACACAUAUCCUACUCAAUUUUUAGACAAAUCCAGUGGGUCCUAUAUUCCAUAUGUUUUGUGUGGAGUACAAAGUUUCGUAGAACCUGUUCUAAAUAAUUUGAUACUAGAAGCAAUACGUAAGGGAAAACCACUGAGGUGAUUGUAAAACUGAAAGAAAAACAUCUGUUUGAAACCUCAACGAAAAGUGUGGUUGGAAUAUAUGUUUCUCAUUGUGACAAAUCAUUGUUUGAAGUUGACAGAAAUAUACGAGUAGUUUCUUUUAACUAAGGCGCAUGAUAUUCAUACCAAAUUUAUUACAAAGAUGUAUAUCUGUGACAGUCGCUGUCUCUCGCGAUCAUGAAAACUAACUCCGCUUGACAUGUUUGGUAUUUCUCAAAGAUAGAACCCAUUCAAACAAUCCGUAGUCAAAAAAUGAACUUUUGGUUCGAAUAACUCGUUAUAACCUCUUCAUCUAAACGAUAACAUUGAUUAUCGUACCUAAAGAUAGCUAACCUAAUACUACAUUCGCGCCCCCAAAAAAUUGUCGGGUAUGAAAUGAGAAUUCAUCACAGCUGUGUUUCUCUUCCCCGCAAUAAUUACAAGUCUACUUUGAAAAGGUUAAUGUCUCGUAGAUGGUGUUGUAGCUAUAUGCCCAUAUAUAGUUGGUUAUAACGCCAUCUAUGGCACACUAACCUUUUUAAAGUAGAUUCCCAAUUUUUGCGGAAAGGAGUAAAAAGGGGAAGAACUGUGACAAACUCUCAAAUAUGACGCUACAGUAUCUCAUUUCGUCGGUUAGAAUGAUAACAUCUCAUAAAUGUUCUCGAAGACUAUUUGUCGGUAGGGCAUAGGGUUUUUAUAACUUUCCUCAAGAUUUCGAGCUUUAUGACUGCGAUUUCGUUAUGAAUGUUGUCUUUCAAACAGGUGAUUCUUCUUGGCUGAUUGACAUAUGCGAUCAAAUAU